AAACGGUAUCGUUAGUAGCUAGCUAGAUAGGUGAUGUUGUAAAUUGCUUGGCUAAUUUCGCUCGAAUUCAGUGUUCACAGACCAUCAGGAUGUCGGUUCCUUUGUCUGGGGUAGAGCUGCUCAGAGUGUGUACAGUGCUCCAGGACUGUUCUGCACAGCUGUCAGUGCUGGGUCACAUCAUGCCCGACACCUACAGGGGUCGUCCAGAAGCUGAUAAGUUUGUGUCAGCCGACAUUGGACAGGUCCUUGAACAGCAGAAAGGGGCAGAGCAGAACCUGAAAGCAGCCCGUCAGUUUGAGAGAGAGUCUGGGAGACUGUCAGAUGCCACCCGUGAGCUGCACAGAUCCCAGAAGGAACUGAACCGCACACUAGAGGAGAACCCACUGUCCCCUGACAACCUGGCCAAGGUGCAGAGAGACAGUCAGUUUGUGGGUCACGUGAUUGCUGAUGUGUUGGCAGAGCUGCAAGAGAAAGGGACCUUUCACAGCUUGCUUUUCGCUGUGGAAGAAGAGAAAAGAAGGAAGGCCAACCUCCUGGACAUAAUAAUCAGGUCAGGUUAUGGUCAAUAUGAAUAUGUAGGCUAA